UUGCUGAUGGUUUGCUGUUUUGCGCUUUGUCGAAUUUGUUUAGUGCGGUGAAAUUACAAAUAAAACUUUAAAAUGAAGAUAGAAGAGGUCAAAAGCACUGCUAAAACUCAGAGAAUAUCAGCACACACCCAUAUUAAAGGACUGGGUUUAGACGAAAAUGGGGUUCCAAUUCAAAUGGCAGCCGGUCUCGUGGGGCAAGAAAACGCGAGAGAGGCUGCAGGUGUGGUCGUGGACAUGAUCAGGAGCAAGAAAAUGGCUGGACGCGCGCUGCUGCUGGCUGGCCCACCAGGAACAGGCAAAACUGCCAUCGCCUUAGCCAUAGCACAGGAGCUUGGCAACAAAGUGCCAUUCUGCCCCAUGGUCGGAAGCGAAGUAUACAGCACAGAGAUCAAGAAAACAGAGGUGUUGAUGGAGAACUUCCGACGCGCCAUCGGUCUGCGCAUCCGCGAGACGAAGGAGGUGUAUGAGGGGGAGGUGACUGAGUUCACUCCGGUGGAGACUGAGAACCCGGCAGGCGGAUAUGGAAAAACAGUAUCUCAUGUGAUCAUUGGGCUGAAGACGGCCAAAGGCACAAAGCAGCUGAAACUCGACCCCACGAUUUAUGAAUCGCUACAGAAGGAAAAGGUGGAAGUCGGAGAUGUCAUCUACAUUGAAGCCAAUUCUGGGGCCGUGAAGAGGCAGGGGAGGAGCGACACAUUUGCCACUGAGUUUGAUCUUGAGGCGGAGGAGUACGUCCCGCUGCCAAAAGGCGACGUCCACAAGAAGAAGGAAGUGGUGCAGGACGUGACGCUGCACGACCUCGACUGCGCCAACGCGCGCCCGCAGGGCGGACACGACAUCAUGUCCAUGAUGGGGCAGCUCAUGAAGCCCAAGAAGACCGAGAUCACUGAUAAACUAAGAAAAGAGAUCAACAAAGUAGUGAACAAAUACAUUGACCAAGGAAUUGCUGAAUUGGUGCCUGGAGUCCUAUUCAUUGAUGAGGUGCACAUGCUCGACAUCGAAACGUUCACGUACCUGCACCGCGCGCUGGAGUCCGCCAUCGCGCCCAUCGUCAUCUUCGCCACCAACAGAGGGCGCUGUCUAAUAAGAGGCACUGAGGACAUUGUGUCCCCGCACGGCAUUCCUCUCGACCUGCUGGACAGGUUGCUCAUCAUCCGCACGCUGCCGUACAACAAGUCUGAGCUGUUACAGAUUCUGAAAUUACGCGCAACGACGGAGGGCAUCGCUAUCGAAGAUGACGCGCUGGCCGCGCUCGCCGACGUCGGCGCCAACAGCACACUUAGAUACGCGGCGCAGCUGCUGACGCCGGCCAACCUGGCGGCGCGCGCGGACGGCGCGUCCCGCAUCGCGGCCGCGCACGUGGGCGCCGUGGCCGCGCUCUUCCUCGACGCCAAGGCCUCCGCGCGCAUCCUCACGCUGCACCCGGACAAGUACAUGAAGUAGACGCGUAGUGUCCCACCGGCUCCCGCAAGGUCUGAACAAACAGGAGGUGACAGAGACGUUUAGGCGGGGAAGCGACCUACGAUCCGGUAACCCUUUAUAAGGCGUAAGGGUUUGAGAUAUUAUGCACAAUUUAACUCUUUCUCUUUGAAACGUAGUCCAAAAUCUGGGGAGAACGAUGCUAUGUAAAUACGAUGAUUUUUUUCGGUGUCUCGUCACUUUGGCGCCUCCUCUAAUGUUUUAACCGAUUGAUAAUUUUAAUUUAAUGUUACAUUCUAGUUAUGUGAUAUCGGUAGCGUUAUUGUAUAAUUUACGAUUAUACUUUUUCGUUUUACAGUGAAAGCACUUAUUUAGUUAUAUGAAUGAAGCGCUUUCAAUUUUCUUUACGAAUAUUGUUUUUGUUGUUAGGUAUAAAUACAAGACGUGGAAGUAAAACAAAUGAUAAUAAAUAAGAUUUUUAAUUAAAUAAA